AUGAACAGCUACAUGGAGGAUGUUGUGAAGCUUUGCUGUGAAAUCUCAGCGGAGAAAAAGAUAAAAGCAGCAUGUAAGAGCUGUGCGAAAGGAGCCGCAGCAGCGGGUGGUGGUGCUUUUGUAGGGGGGCUUCUUGGAGGCCCAGUCGGAAUAGCUGUUGGUAGUGCUCUGGGAGGUGCCCUGGGGGCAUGGAUGACAAGUGGUCAGUUCAAACCUCUUCCUGAGAUCCUCAUGGAGCUUGCUCCUGCACAGAAGGAGAAACUCUACUCUGACGUGAUGGCAGUAUUGGGCACACUGAAAUGGACCAACCCUGCUCAGCUAAUUAGUCAAGUUAUGGGAAAUGGCGUUCUGAAAGAUCAAGUGUUUGCUGCUAUAGUAUCUUACGCCACAAAAGAGCUCAAAGCUGAUGUGAAGUAUGAUUGA